UCUCCGAGGAGCCAGUGAUCGAUUCGGAGGACCCGGUUCCUGAGGAGACAACGACUCAUACUCCUGGCAUUGGCGAAGACUCUGGCGGCCAGAAGCGGGACGCAGGCGAGCUCGACGAGGAGAACCAGGGGAAACGUCGCUCCAAGCGCAUUAAGCGUGUCCCUGGAGCUACAGACGAAGACCAUGCUGGGCGGAGAACCAGCACACGAGCCUCAUCGAACGCGGAGAACGUGCCGGUCACUGCGGACAAGGGCAAGAGCCGCAAGGACUCGAAGGGUAAAGCGAAGGGUAAGAGUGCGGCACAAUCUGUUUCGACUUCAGCCGGGCGAGUGCUACGGAGUCGCGCUACUUCGGAUGCCGGUAGCGCAGUGUCGGGGCGAGCAACGGGCGGCCAGCGUGGCAGACGCGAUGUACGCAUGAAGAAGUAAGUAGGCUUGUAUGUACAACAAGUGAUGGUGUACUCUACUUGAAUCGUAAUGUAUGUUGCAUGACUAUUUUGUUGAUUUGUUUACAUGGAUAAUCCAUUGUGAUGAUCCACGGGAUGAUCCAGUGUGAUGAUCCACGGGAU